AUGGGUGUGAGGAACCUGAGUAGCUUUGCCCAGGAGAAUGCGAGGUUGCUGUGCGAAACGCUGAGCUUCUCCUGCCAAGUGAGCACUUCAGCUCCUCUCCAGCCUUCAGCCCAGUCAUCACCAGCGUUCUUGACUGUCGAAGAGGCGGCUCAAACAUCUCCACGCUAUGGAAGAGCUUUGGUAGUGGAUGCGCUGGCCCACAUGUUUGCGAAGAUCGGGCGAGGAGACUAUGACGUUGCCCGUGGAGGAGACUACGCGCUCUUUGUGGCUAGCAUACAAGCGGAUGUCAAUGCUUGGCGGUGAGUCGUCUUUCAAGCGCACAGCACACAUCACGCUCUCCGCAGCUUCGUCGAUCUGACACUUGUCUUCGGCGCGGCACCGACGCAGAGCUGCUGGUUUGCAUCCCAUCUUUGUGUUCGAUGGUCCCAACCUUCCAGCCAAGUUGCCUAGGCAAGUGGACCGGCGACAACAGACAGCGAAGGAGGCGAAUUUGUACAUGCGUUCUCCUCCAGCCUCUCGCUCGAUCUCCCCUCUCGCUCCUCCGCUGCUAUCCUAUGCCAUGCUGGAUGCGCUUCAGCACACCACGCCGCCGACCACCGUUGUGCUUGCAGAGACGGAAGCGGAUGGCGUGGUUGCUGAGCUUGCCCACACGCUCAAAGGUCAUGCCGUCAGCGAGGAUUCCGACUACUUUGUGCUCUGCGCACGAGGCGACGGUACAUCCUACGUGCCGCUGAGCUCCUUCGAAUACGUUGUCGACCUGCCGACAGAUACUGCGGUCACUGCCGAGGCGUCGUCAGAGCCAGCCGAUGAGGCCGGCUUCGAAACAGUGCCCAGGCGUAGGCGGCGGGGACGUGGUCUCGCCCCAGCCCAGCCCUCCAGCUCUGACCCCACCACAGUGCUGCAUGCCCCACCAACAGAUCUUUCGAUGCUCAGAGAAGUCAGAUUCGGAUCGUACUCGUCUGCGGCUUUGGCGCGCAUAUUGGAUCUUCCAGUCGCACUGCUUCCGCUUUUUGCAGCGCUGGCGGGCAACGACUACCUCCCCGAAUUACAGGCGCGAACACUUUUUGAACCUUUCAGGAGCAGCGAGCGCCUCAAAGAAGCAGCUGCAGUGCUUCGAAGAGCGUGGCUUGCCAGCCUAAACGGCAAGAAGGCUCGCGAAAUGCGUACCACCGCGCAAACGACCAGAUCAGGCCCUGGAAGGGGCAGCAUUGCUCCAAGUGUUGCCGCAGACACGCUAAGCGAGUCGGGCUCCGUUGCGGCGUCCUCCGCAACAGCGACACCUCUGCAAUCCACAUUAUUGCAGUCUCAGCAGCUCAAGCAGGUAGAUCCGGUGCGGGCAUUGGUGCAAGACUGCGUGGGUCUUGCUCUUCAGAGAGCAGAAGAGAUACGGCCAAACAGAUACGUGUCGACGGGCGAAAGGGAGGAGAUGGUUGACGGCAUCGUCGAGAGCGCAGCUACCUACAGCUUGCUGACGCACUCUCAAGGCGCGGACGGACUACCGAGCCCAGCUUCUCAAUUCUUCUCCACUCCACCACCGCCAGGCACACGCACGAGAGGCGUCGAAGCAUACCGCCAAGCGUACAAGCCGGGCAAGUUCCAUGUGGACCUCGUGACGGGUCUGUGCCAUCGAGUAUACAUUGGCAAGGUGUUCGCAGAAGAUCCGGACCAGCAGAGUACCCAAAGAUUUGCCGCACAAGAACUGAGAGAAUGGGCUUGGGCGAUCUUGUUCGACACCUGGGGCAUGUGGUGGGCACGAGAGACCAUCGAAGAGCCCGAAGAGCCUGAAGUCGAUGCCGAAGAUGACCACCAAGGACUAAAUCACGUGGCGCAAGCGUUGCGUAGACCCUUCGGCGGUGCUUACAAAGAUGGCGAGAUGCCCGACGACGUCAUCUCUGUUAACACAGAAUCGAGCGAGGAACCGAGCGAAUCUGGGGCACGCGACAUGGGGGAUGACGCGAUGCUCGACCCUGACGCUUUGCCAAAUAGACCCAACUCGGCGUUGGCCGACCGCGUUGAGGAUGGCAACUAUGAUAGUCUUGGCAGACUUAAACCACCGCCGGUCCUUACGGAGUAUGUGCGUCGUCUCGAGAGCGUCACGAAAGACAUUCUCCCUAUCUCGACGCUCGCGGAGCUUCUGGAAGCACGAGGAACAUCACUCUGCGCAUCGCUUCAGCCGCUCCGGGAUGGCCACAUUUACGAUGCUGCGCCCCUCUUGCCAGCAGAAACCAAGCACGAUCUCUACCUCUGCGCGCUCAAGGCGGACACGCCAUCGAUGCGUGCUUUGCCAAGUCAGAUUCAGCCUCUUGCAGCUUGCCUGCGCUACAUUGUUCACUCAGACGCGGACAGGUAUGGGGAAAAGACAGCAAAGAUGGCCUGGAGCAUGGAGGAGCUACGCGCUGCUGUGCGUUCGAGUAUCGCAGCUCUUGGAAUUUGGAGAGAGCCCGAACGAGCGCUUCCGUCAAGGGUCAAGCGCCUUGCUGGUGAACUGGAAGCGCACGAGAUUGCGCGGUCCAAGAAUGCAGACGCUGGCUCACGCAGAGACGAAGCGCUGUUUCCCACAACGAGGGCGUUACACGCUUCGACGGCCUUGCAGCUUGUCCUCGAAGCGUCGUACCUCCUCUCGCAAUCUCUGCUUGUGGAUCAAGAAGCGCAUCCUCCGCCCUUUGCCCUGCACGACGGGCCCACGUUCCACGCCAUCAUGUUGAAGCGUCCAUCGGGCGAAGCUGGCCGCGACACGACGCUCGAGCAAGCUAUACUCUCUGCAGUGCUCGAAGGUGGCUUGGAAAAGCACCUCGCGGUGGACUUGGACUUGGAGAGGAGAGCGAGGAAACAACAACGCAAGAAGGAACAGAGCAUCGCUAGGUCUAAGCAGAACGCUCCGCCUGGAAAAUCUUUCUCUAAUAGACCUUCGCCCCCCAAGAAUGCCUUUGCUUCGCUUCUAAACGAAACCCUCAGCUAG